UCUCGCGUGAACUAGGCACAGCGUUGCCUGUAGCAUCGCGAACUAAUGGUGAUUGACGAUUUUUAUUAAAUUCCGAUCUUUCAAACAGACAUUUUGCUUAUUUGUAAGAAUUGCAUAUAACUUUUGGGAUAAUUAAAUGGGAAAUGUUACACCUAUCUGAAGUUAAAGCGUUCGAAUUACAGUUCGUUUUCUUUGCGUGGUGUCGAACCCGCUAGCUUACCCGAGCUAGCUCAGUUUAGCUCAGUCCUUUGCAGGAAAACCAGGAAGGAGGAACCAGACUCGGCCUCAGACUUCUGAAAGAAUUCACUUUAUUCCCAUCCAGCUCCAAGCAACGGAAAGGAAAGGAAUAUUUCCACAAGCUUGAUUCUGAAGAUGUCAAAGCCUUUGGAGUCUCCAGCUCGGUCCCGAACCAGAUCAAGGUCCAGAUCUUACUCAAGAUCUCACUCUAGAAGCCGGUCUCGUUCAAGGUCCAGAAAACGUCGCUACAGUUCUAGGUCUCGUUCCCGCUCUCGUUCACACUCUCCAUCCUACAGAAAUUACCCCAGCCGGGACUAUCAGAACAACAGAGGUGGGUUCCGGGGCUACAACCGUGGCUACCGGAGGCCCUACUACUACCGUGGCAGAAACCGAGGCUACUACCCCCGUGGUCACUAUCAGAACAGGGGAGGAGGUGGCUAUGGCUAUAAAUCUAAUUGGCAGGGUGGUGGUGGAGGCUGGCACGAUCGCCACUAUGACCAGGACCAUCACUCACACAGUCCUAGACGGGGGCGCUCACGCUCCCGCACACCUAGGAAGCGCUCAGGUAGUCGCAGUCGUUCCCGCUACUCUGAUCGCUCCUCUCGAUCUCGACGCUCCAGGGGCUCUAGCUACUCCUCUCGGUCCAGGUCCUCAUCCCCACGCCAACGCAGAAGUAAAGGCAAGCCUGGAUCCAAGGAUAAAGACAAGCUUGCUGAAAACCAGACUGAGACAGCAGGUCAGGGGGCAGAAGGCACAGCUACCGAGACGGCGUCUGGAGGUCCAGAAGACAAAGGGCCUGAAGGUGGUGGUCCUCUGUGGAGAACCAUUGGCAGCGUGUCUCCUCCUCCAUCAAAGAGCCCCAAGUCUGGGACAGCGGCCUCGUUCAGCGGUUUUGGGUUCUUCUCAAAGGAAGAUACUAAAGCUGGAGAAAAGACUGUCAUUACCACAGCCUUCAAAAAAUUCUUGGCAGAGACUAAAGGCAAAAAGCAAGAUGAAGAAAAGGAGACUGAUCUUGAUAAAGAGGAGAGCACCACAGAGAGGGAACUGGAGAAAAGCAGCAUCAAAACCACAGACUGCUUCAACAUCUCACCCCCUUCUUUUGCUGACCCCAAGGAAGACAAGAGCAUGCCCUUCUUCGAUGAUGGAGAAGAGGAGUUCCUCAAGUCUCAUGGGCUGAAAGACAGGGACAUUGAAGAAGGUGGAGAGGAUAACAUCAAAACCACCCUCACGGCCCGUGACAUUUUUGGGAAAUGGGAAGAUGACUCCAACUAUUCGGCUUCUUACACAUCUGCGAAGGAGAAAGGUCGGAGAGAUGCUGACGAAGAGGAGUCGAUAGAAGAGGAGCUGUAUCGGAGCCGCAAGCACAGCUCCAAGAAAGAGGAAAAGGCCAAGAAAAAGGAAAAGAAAGAAAAGGAGAAAGCCAGGAGGAGUCCUUCCCCUCCACCUGCUCUUCCCAAGGAGAAGGACAGGCCGUUGUUUCCUGGAGCGUUUGCUUCCAGAGAGGAGUCGCCUAUACGUCAUCUGUCUUCAUCAAGGGCGGACUUUGAAAACAAAAUGUGCUCCAUAGAUGAAAUGCCGAGCUCUUCUGUGUCCAAAGAACGCCUUGUGCCCCGAGAUCUGGUGAAUCCAACUAAGAAAGACCCAGAGUUCCAUUCCAUUUUCCAGCACAUUCAGUCAGCACACCUCCGUCGCAGCCCGUCUGAGUUAUUUGCUCAGCACAUAGUCUCGAUUGUGCAUUACAUUAAAGCACAACACUUCCCCUCCUCAGACAUGACUUUAAGUGAGCGGUUUGCCAUGUACCAAAGAAAAGCUGCAGAGGUAGUUAUGAGGCCAAGGAAAAGCCCAGAAAUCCACAGGAGAAUUGAUGUUUCCCCGAGUGCCUUUAAGAGGCACUCUCACCUGUUUGAGGAUUUGGAGGAGACAAGCUACAAGGAUCCAAGUAAAAAGUUUAAAGGUGAUGUGAUGGACCUGCGCUUGGAUAUUGAAAGACGUAAAAGGUUUGCUGUGAAGGACCAAGGACCGAGCAGGGAGAGGUCCUCUGAAAAAUCUGCAAAGCACCACAAGAAAUCAAAGAAGGGUAAGAAGAAGCGGGAUCGCUCUCCAUCCUCCUCUUCGUCUUCAUCUUCUCCAUCCCCGUAUCCUCCACCUUAUAGAGGUAAAGAGUACAUGGGAGAGGGGAUGGAACACCCAGAAGAAGGCUACACUCACACACGUUACCCUCCACGGGAGUACAGUGGGCCUAUGGACAGAGGUCCUCGUGACUAUGAGGGCCACAGCACGGAGAGGGGCCGAGCUCGUGGAUUUUUCCCCAGAAUGAGAGGAGGAAGAGGGUGGAACCGGGGCAACUACCAAGGCAACAACAGCAAUGGAAACCCUCCCACCAUGAAUGUCCAAGUGCGCCCCCCAGAGGAGGAGUGGGAUCCUGAAUAUACUCCUAAGAGCAGGAAGUAUUACUUGCACGAUGAUCGUGAUGGUGAGAAAACUUGGAUCGACAACCGCGGACGGGGGCGUGGCUCCUUCCCAACUCGCCGGGGGCGCUUUGUCUACCGUAAAGGUGGUAGCAGCCCGAAGUGGACCCACGACAUGUUCCAGGGCACUGAAGAAGGGGAGCUGGGAGAUGACGGCUUGGAGGUUGAACCUAAAGAAACCAAGAGUGUUGAAGCCUCCACCUCAAAGCAGUAAAGCGCUCAGUCACAGCUUCCAUUAUGCCGUCAUCACAGAAAUCGUGUCCCACUGUCACAUUGUUUCCCCCCAUUCGAAUAGUGGCUUAAAAUUAAACAGUUAGUUUGAACCUUCUUAAAAAUGAGAACAACAGACUGUAAGCGAUUUAAAUGCAGAGCGACGCUGUUACUGAGGUUAGCUUCAUUUAGGUAUGUUUUUAUUUUUUAGUGUCGUUACUUUGCUGUUGAUUGACGACUUGUUUAAAAACUGAGGCAACAAAAUUAAAAUCUCACUAUUGUGAUUACAUGAGAAAAUAAAUGCAUUUGUGCCUUAGGAAUUAGUAAAAUACUAUUAAUCUGUAGUUUUGGCUGCAAAAGGCAAAAAUUUGUACCCUUUUCAGUGUCUGAGAUUGUUUUUGAUUUUUUUGUGAUCCUGUUUGCGUUUCAGUUUGUGAUCAUUAUUUGACAUUACUGCGUGAAAUAUUGGAUUUAUACCUUGUUCCAUGGGACCAGUCGUGGGCGUGAGACUCCCGAUUAUCACGAGUGAUCAAAUAUGACUUUUUACCCCUCAGUGAUUGAUGUUUGCCACUUUAUCUUAUUCUAGGAUUGUUCUUGUAGUGCAACUUCACUGACAUUUCGAGAGGCUGUUGACUUAACUGUAUCUGUAAAUUAAAGGGUACGGUGGCUGACGGAGACAACAACACUAACAAAAGCAGAAAACUUCAAAAU